UAACCAGUUAAAUCAUAAUCUACAUGUCCUUGGUUUAUAGUUUGUCAUGAUGAUUAAAUCUGUUAUAUGAAUUGCCAUCGCAGACACAAGUUUAGUUUGUUCACGGCUUUUUGACUAAGUGAUAAAACUACCAAACAUGGUCCUCACACUGUAUAAAUACGACCUGAGCCCUCCUGUCAGGGCUGUCCUGAUGCUGAUCGAACACUUGAAGCUGCCAGUACAAUUUGUUGACGUGAACUUCAUGAAGGGAGAGCAACUUACAGAGGAGUAUAAGAAAAUCAAUCCACAACACACGGUGCCAACGUUGAUAGAUGACGAUUUCAUCCUUGGAGACAGUCAUGCUAUUUCGUUGUAUUUAAUAAACAAAUAUGCGAAGGAUGACUCUCUCUACCCCACUGACCCUAAACUAAGAGCCAUUGUUGACCAACGACUGCACUUCGACAGUGGUAUCUUGUUUCCAGUAGCCAAAUAUGGUUUCGGUCAAGUUGUCUUCCAAGGGCGUAAAAAAAUGACCGAUGAUGCAGUAGAAAAGAUCAUAUCUGCGUACGAGUUUGCAGAGCAAUUUGCAACCAAAACCUGGUUGGCAGGAGAACAGUUCACAAUUGCCGAUAUCUGCUGCGUGGCAACUAUUAGUAGCUUAAACAAUUUAGUUCCUAUUGAUGCUCAGAAGUACCCUCGCCUGUAUGCCUGGUUAGAACGUUGUUCAGAGUUGGAUAUUUACAAGAAAAAGAAUGCUCCCGGAAACAAAGAAAUCGGAGAAAUAUUCAAAAGCAAAUUAGCAUAAGAAAACUUAAAAGUUUAACUGUAAAAAAACGUAAACACAUUGUAUUAUGUUUAACGUUUUUCUUAAAAACUACAACCACCUUUAUUAUAGGGGUAUAUACAAUAAAGGUAGGUGUAUGUAUUGGUAGAAUUGGGGAACUCUAUCACAAACAACGUACAAACGAACCUUCUCCUUUUCCAAAACAAUUAUUAAGACAAUUCGAUCAGUCUAACUAUCGCCCAAUAGCUCUAACCUCCCUGCCUUGCGAUUCUGUAACUCACUUUUCGAACUCACACAGCGGUUUUCACAGCGGCGGUU